AGUGGCGCGAACUCCCGGAAGACUCAGCAAAGGCUCCCAGGAUGAACGGGUGGCGGUGGCUGCUGCUGCUGUGGCCGCGCUGACAGGACACGAGCUCUAUGCCUUUCCGGCUGCUCGUCCCGCUUGGCCUCCUGUGCGCGCUGCUGCCCUUGCACCAUGGUGCGCCGGGCCCCGAUGGCACCGCGCCCGACCCCGCGCACUACAGGGAGCGAGUCAAGGCCAUGUUCUACCACGCCUACGACAGCUACCUGGAGAAUGCCUUUCCCUACGACGAGCUGCGACCUCUCACCUGUGACGGGCACGACACCUGGGGCAGUUUUUCUCUGACUCUAAUCGAUGCUCUGGACACCUUGUUGAUUUUGGGGAAUGUCUCAGAAUUUCAAAGAGUGGUCGAAGUACUCCAGGACAACGUGGACUUUGAUAUUGAUGUCAAUGCCUCUGUGUUCGAAACCAACAUCCGAGUGGUAGGAGGACUUCUGUCUGCUCACCUGCUAUCAAAGAAGGCUGGGGUGGAAGUGGAGGCUGGAUGGCCCUGCUCUGGACCUCUUCUGAGGAUGGCUGAAGAGGCAGCCCGGAAACUCCUCCCAGCAUUUCAGACCCCUACUGGCAUGCCGUAUGGAACAGUGAACCUGCUUCAUGGUGUGAACCCAGGAGAGACUCCUGUCACCUGUACGGCAGGGAUUGGGACCUUCAUUGUGGAAUUUGCCACCCUGAGCAGCCUUACUGGUGACCCUGUGUUCGAAGAUGUGGCCAGAGUGGCCCUGAUGCGUCUCUGGGAGAGCCGGUCAGAUAUUGGGCUGGUUGGCAACCACAUCGACGUGCUCACUGGCAAGUGGGUGGCCCAGGACGCGGGCAUUGGGGCUGGCGUGGACUCUUACUUUGAGUACCUGGUGAAAGGAGCCAUCCUUCUUCAGGAUAAGAAGCUCAUGGCCAUGUUCCUAGAGUAUAACAAAGCCAUUCGGAAUUACACCCGCUUUGAUGACUGGUACCUGUGGGUGCAGAUGUACAAGGGGACUGUGUCCAUGCCGGUCUUCCAGUCUCUGGAGGCCUACUGGCCUGGUCUUCAGAGCCUCAUUGGGGACAUUGACAAUGCCAUGAGAACCUUCCUCAACUACUACACCGUCUGGAAGCAGUUUGGGGGGCUCCCGGAAUUCUACAACAUUCCUCAGGGAUAUACAGUGGAGAAGCGAGAGGGCUACCCACUCCGGCCGGGUAAGCAGCAUCUCUGGUCCAUCUCUGGCACACAAGCUCUGAGUCUCCAAACCCCAGACCUCACAUUUCUAUGAGGCUCCAUGCCUCCCUUGCAA